AUGGACUAAGAAGCAUUAAUGAAAAUACUCCAAAAUUUGAUGAAAGAUUAAGGAGAAAUUAAAAUUGGAAAUUUUGUUAUACAAUAACAAGAACCUAAAAGAAAUCAUACUACCAUGAUUACACACAAUAAAACUGAUGUUCCACAAAUUAUUAGCAAAAGCUAAUAAAAUAUAGAUUAUAUAGAAUCUAAGCCGAAUGAUUUUGUGAAUGAUUUGUUCUUUGAUGAACCAGUGCCAGAUUUGGAUUAAUUUAUAGAAUAGGAAGUAGUAUCAAAUAUUACAAUUGAUUCAUAAACAAAGCCGAACAAUGUUUAAAAAUAGUUGUUUUCUAAAACAUAUUAGAUGAUAGAUAAAUUUAGUCCAAAUUUAAAAGAAGAAUUUGAAAGUGCAUUAGAAUUUGAUUUUGAAUAAUUACUAAAACCUAAAACAUCAGAAUGUUCGUCUGACACAAUGACUACUAUUACAGAUACAACAUCUAGUGAUCCUUUAAGAACCUUUUUAAUGUCUUUAAUUCCAUUAAAAUCUUCUUUGACUCCUACAAAAUAGACUUAGAUAGAUUUUUUAUUUUUAUACUCUUAACCUCUAUUAUAGAUAACAAAUAAUUUGACAAAGAAAGUGUUGUAAAAAUUAGAAAUAACUAAAGAGUUGAAUUCAAUAAAAGAAGUAUUUAUAGAUGUAAAAGCCGAAAUAAAAUUUAUGGCAACACCAGCAAGAAUGGAUAGAUUUGGAGAAGCUUUAGAUUUGAAUCCAAAAGCAUUACAUUAUGCAGGUCAUGGUAUUUAUAUGGAAUCAAAUUAAUAAUCAUAUUUGUUAUUUGAAUAAUUACAUGGAGUAGCAUAAUUAGUUUCAGCAAAUUAAAUUUUGUUGUGUCUUUAAAAACUUAAAUGUCCGAUUUUAUUUGUUUUUGUAGCUAGUUGUCAUUCAAAAUUAAUAGGAGAAGUAUUUCAUUAAGCUGGAGCUGAACAUGUAAUAUGUGUACAUUCAAAAGAGUAAGUAAUGGAUGAAGCAUGUUGUGUAUUUGCUAGAUCAUUUUAUCAUGGAUUGAUAAAAGGAUAAUAAACUGUUUGUUAAGCUUUUUUAGCUGCUAAAAAUUAAGUUAAAGUUGAAGGUAGAUUUCCAUAUGCAGAAGAAAACAAAUUCCUUUUACUUACUAAAUCUCAUCAUUAAUGUUCUACUUGGUUAUUAAGAGAAGGAGAGUUUAAAGAUCUCACUCCUCAUUAGAAUUAAAAUUAACUUCCAUCUGUUGUAUCCAAUUUUACUGGUAGAUCUUAAUAAAUGUAAGAAAUUAUUGAUAAAAUAAUUUAAAAUUAACUUAUUAAUAUUAAAGGAGUAUUAGGUAUUGGUAAAAGUGCUUUAAUAAAAGAAAUUAGUAUUUAUAUUGCUUAAAGAAAUAUAUUUAAAAAUGGCGUUGUAUAUAUUUAAUUAAACUAAUGUGAUAGUUUUGAUAGUGUAGCCAGUAGAUUUGCUUAUAUCUUUAUGCCAAAUCUAGCAUUAUAAAGUAAUUAUGAAAUCAAAUAAUUAAUGGUCACUUAAAUUAUAUAAACUAUUAAAAAUCAAGAAUUUCUUCUUAUUCUUGAUAAUUGUGAUCUUAUUAUGCAUUCUAAUGAUCGUGAUGUUUUUGUGGAUUUUUUAGAAUUAAUUUUAGCUAAUUGUAAAUGUCAUGUAUGUAUCACAAAUAGAAGUGAGAUAAUUUAAUAAGGAAGAGUUAUAAAGAUUGAAGGAUUAUCUUUAGAAGAAAGUGCUUAAUUAUUUAUCAAUUCAUCUUCUAGAGAAAUAACUAUUUAAGAAGUUGAAGAAUUAUUAGGAUGUAAUGAUCUUCUUAAUAAAUAUACUUGGAAUGAUAAAUUAUUAAUUUAGAAAUUUUCAAAUCAUGUUUUAUUUUAAAUUUUGGAUGGUCAUCCUUAAGGAAUAAUACUAUCUUCUGGAUUAUUGGAGAAUUAUACUUUAAAAGAAUUAUAUUAAUAAUUAUCUUAUAAAUAAUUGAUGGAUUUACCAAUUUCAAGUAGAGUGACAGAAGAAGAAAGAAGAUCACUAAGAGUAUCAUUAAAUUUAAGUUGGGCUAACUUGAUUGAAAGAUAUGAAAAAGCAGCCAUAUUUUUUGGUAUGCUAGGAUUGCUUCCAUGUGGAGUUUAUAAUGAUGAAUUAAAUGAUGUUUGGGGACCAGGAUGGGAAAAACUAGCUACAUAAUUAAUUAAAAGUUCAUUAUUAUUAUAAACAAAGAAAAAUACUAAAACACAUUAUUGUUUAUAUAAUUUUACUGUUAAAUUUGCUGAAAGUAAAUUAGAUUAGAAAUAAAAAAGACUUUAUCAUCAUAAUAUUGUUAAACUAUUAUUAAAAAAGACAUAGACUUAUUAUACAUAAAUAGGUACUUAAGCACAUGAUAUUAAUAAUCAAUCUAAUGAUGAUUUUUUAGCUAUUGAAUAAAAUAUAAAGAAUGCUAUUUUUAGAGAAUUUGAAAUUAUUUCUAAUGGUCAAUUUCAAAUUGAACCAUAAAAAUAGGAAAAAAAAGAUGAUGAAAAUGAUGAUGAAACUUUUAAUUUACCUUUAACUAAAGAAAAUUUGGAGAUGAUGCAAAAAAAAUAUGAAAAUAAUAGUUAGAAAUCUCAUCUAAGUUCUAAAGUAGGCUUUACUGGAUCUGUUAUAUCAAGUUUUAAAUAUGAUUAAAUUUCAGAUGAUUAUAUGACUAAUGGUCCAAAAAGAAAAUCUUUUUCUAUUGCUAAAGUAGGCGUUACAAUUAGUGAAGAAGAUGAAUUAUAAUCAAAUAAAGAUUAUUCAGAUAAUGGUAUGAGCAUUAAUUAUGUUGAGUCUAAAAUUUUUAAAAUAAACUCAAAUAAUAUUAAACCUGAUAAUAUUGAUGAUUCUAACAAUGUUUAAGAAUGCUUAAAUUAAUAAACUUAAAUAUCUAUAGCUAUUUAAGGUGAACAAGCUUAAGUUCAGAAAGCACUUGAUCCAAAAUUUAUAAAAUCAUCUUUGAAUCCUAAUUCAUUAACUUAAAGAGUUACAUUUCUUGAUUAAUAAAUAAAACAUAUUCCUUAAGAUAUGAAAAAGAAAAAUAAUGAAGAAGAGGAUAAGCAACAUUAAAUUUUAUCAAAAAGAUAAAUAAUUCCUAAAAUUGGUGAUAGAGCUAAAUCAGGUAAAGCAAAAGAAGAAUGUACAUCUUCUACUUAAUUACCAAAUAAAAAGGAUAAAAUAUAAAAGCUCAUUCUUUAUUAUUGUUAAAUAUUACUUUUAUAAAGAAGAUAUAAUGAAUGUUUAAAAUUCAUUAAUUGGACUUAUUAAUAUUUUUAUGGAGAUUUAUUAUUCACUGCAAAUAUUAUUAAAACUAAAGCUUGUGUAUAUUAUAUGCUUAAAGAACCAAAAAAAUCUUAAUAAGCUUUUAAAUAAGCUAAAGAGAUGUUUAUAAAAAAAGGAUGUACUUUAGGAGUUGCAUGUUGUGAAGCUGCAAGUGGUUAUAUUUCUUUAUAAGAACGUAGUUUAUUAUAGGCAAAAGUUAAUUUUGAAAAUGCUCUAUAGUUUUAUGAAUAAUUAAAUCAUGAUUUUGGAAAACAUUUCUUAAAUAGAUGGCUUCUCUUAGUUAAAAAUAAAAUUUCUAGUCUUAAAAAUGAUAGAGCCAAACAUAUUUAAUAAGAAAAAAUGCUUAUUGAAAAUCUCAAAUAAGAAUUUAAAAAAGGGAUAAAAGUAGAUAAUCUUAUUUAAAAAAAACAUAAAGGAGGAGUUUUCAUUUUAAGAUGGUUAGGUGAUACAUUAUCCAUAUUUAUUGAAAUAGCUACAGUAGAAGAUUCCAAAUAAAAAGAUAUUAUGAGUAUUUUAAGAGUUGUUGAACAAAAUCCUAUUACUAAUUAUAAAAAAAAAAAAGUUGACGAUAUUGAAAUUAAACCUUCUACAAGUAAUAUUGUCAAACCAACUAGUUCAAGUAGUAGUACUGCUACACUAAAAAGAUUUAACAAAAUAUAGAAAGCUCCUAUCAACAAAUAAUUAAAUGAAAUCUUAGAAAAUGUAUAAUAAGAAGAAGAUCCAACAAAUACAUCCUUACAAUAAUUAUAGAAAUAAUAAUAAUAAUAAUAAUAAUAAUAAUAAUAAUAAUAAUAAUAAUAAUAAUAAUAAUAAUAAUAAUAAUAAUAAUAAUAAUAAUAAUAAUAAUAAUAAUAAUAAUAAUAAUAAUAAUAAUAAUAAUAAUAAUAAUAAUAAUAAUAAUAAUAAUAAUAAUAAUAAUAAUAAUAAUAAUAAUAAUAAUAAUAAUAAUAAUAAUAAUAAUAAUAAUAAUAAUAAUAAUAAUAAUAAUAAUAAUAAUAAUAAUAAUAAUAAUAAUAAUAAUAAUAAUAAUAAUAAUAAUAAUAAUAAUAAUAAUAAUAAUAAUAAUAAUAAUAAUAAUAAUAAUAAUAAUAAUAAUAAUAAUAAUAAUAAUAAUAAUAAUAAUAAUAAUAAUAAUAAUAAUAAUAAUAAUAAUAAUAAUAAUAAUAAUAAUAAUAAUAAUAAUAAUAAUAAUAAUAAUAAUAAUAAUAAUAAUAAUAAUAAUAAUAAUAAUAAUAAUAAUAAUAAUAAUAAUAAUAAUAAUAAUAAUAAUAAUAAUAAUAAUAAUAAUAAUAAUAAUAAUAAUAAUAAUAAUAAUAAUAAUAAUAAUAAUAAUAAUAAUAAUAAUAAUAAUAGUAAUAAUAAUAAUAAAAACCAAUUACAAAGAAGAAUGUUCAAAUAUAAAUGA